AAGAAAAAAAAACGCGUCUUCCUCAGUGACAGUGUUGAAUUCUCAUAUCUUUCUUUCUCUCUCCUCUCUCUUCUCUCUCUCUGCUUCAUCUGUUUCUCUCACUAAAAAGCUUCUCAUCAUCCUUCCCCCUCCCCAAAUUAGGGUUAAAGGGUCGAGAGCUUGAGAUUGUAUCGCCCAGUAAAAAAGGAAGGAUCUUUUUACUCGUCAAUUGCAAAAUUAGCAGACUUUGCAAAGGUGGGUUUAGGGUUUUUUUUUUCGUGUGUUAAAAAAAAACCAUUUUUGGGGAUAAGUUACGAAGAUGACUUCUUUGCCUUCUUCAGUGAUCAAAUGGCGUUUUUUCCGUAGACAGAUGAUGCCUUGGAACGUUGUGUUCUCUCUCUGGUUACUCUGUUUCGCUGCUACCUGUCUCUCUGUUUUAGCAGCUGACUCGGACAAAUCGGUGUUGCUUCGGUUUAAGAAAACGUUGUCGGACCCUAAUUCGAUUCUCGCUAGCUGGGUUGAGGAUAAUGAAGAUUACUGCUCCUGGUUUGGUGUAUCUUGCGAUUCGACCUCUCGAGUCACGUCUCUGAACAUUACUGGCUCUGGAAGCGAUAAAGGGAGUUCCAAAACCAGUCGGAAUCGUUUCACUUGUGGUGAUAUCGGUAAGUUUCCUUUGUAUGGGUUUGGUAUCCGGAGGGAUUGUAUCGGAAAUCAUGGAGCUUUGGUGGGGGAUUUGCCUUCUGUAGUCGUGGGUCUCACAGAGCUUAGGGUUCUGUCUCUGCCUUUCAAUUCGUUUAGCGGAGAGAUUCCUUUAGGAAUCUGGGGAAUGGAGAAUCUUGAAGUUCUUGAUCUGGAAGGGAAUUUGAUGACCGGGUCAUUGCCUGUUCGGAUUACUGGGUUACGGAAUCUGCGGGUUAUGAAUUUAGGGUUUAACCGAGUUUCAGGUGAAAUCCCUAACUCGCUUCAGAGUCUGUCCAAGUUGGAGAUUUUGAAUUUGGGUGGUAAUAGGUUGAAUGGAACUGUUCCUGGUUUUGUUGGGAGGUUCAGAGUGGUGCACUUGCCUUUAAACUGGCUUCAAGGCUCUUUGCAUAAAGAUAUUGGGGAUAACUGUGGGAAGCUUGAGCAUUUAGAUUUGUCUGGUAAUUUCUUGAUUGGGAGGAUUCCUGAGAGUUUGGGCAAGUGUGGCAGUUUAAGGUCUUUGUUGUUGUAUAUAAAUACAUUGGAGGAGACUAUCCCUUUAGAGUUUGGGAAUCUUCAGAAGCUUGAGGUUUUGGAUGUUUCUAAGAACACUCUUAGUGGUCCAUUACCUGUUGAACUCGGGAACUGCUCUUCGUUGUCUGUUCUCGUGCUAUCAAAUCUGUACAAUGUGUAUGAUGACAUUACCAGCAUUAGAGGGGUAUCAGAUUUACCUCCAGGCGCUGAUUUAACUUCUAUGACUGAGGAAUUCAAUUUCUAUCAAGGGGGAAUUCCAGAGGAAAUCACUAGGCUUCCAAAACUAAAGAUACUUUGGGUGCCAAGAGCUACGUUAGAAGGGAGGUUUCCAAGAGAUUGGGGUUUGUGUCAAAACUUGGAGAUGCUUAGUUUGGGUCAGAACUUCUUUAAAGGCGAGAUUCCUGUUGGUCUUAGUAAAUGUAGGAACCUCCGUCUUCUUGAUUUGAGCUCGAAUAUGCUUACGGGAGAGCUUCUCAAAGAGACUUCAGUCCCCUGUAUGAGUGUGUUUGAUGUUGGCGGAAACAGCUUAUCUGGUUUCAUCCCUGAGUUUCUCAAUAAUACCACAACCCAUUGUCCUCCUGUUGUCUACUUUGACGGGUUUUCUAUCGAAUCUUACAACAACGACCCGUCAUCUGUUUAUCUCUCCUUCUUCACCAUGAAGUCUCAAGUUGGAACUUCCCUGAUGGAUCUUGGAGGUGAUGGAGGUCUGGCCGUGUUUCAUAAUUUCGCAGACAACAACUUCACUGGUACUCUCAAGUCUAUACCACUUGCACAGGAGCGGUUAGGAAAGCGAGUCUCUUACAUAUUUUCUGCUGGAGGGAAUCAGUUGUACGGGCAAUUCCCAGGAAACCUGUUUGAUAACUGUGACGAACUCAAAGCAGUUUAUGUCAAUGUAAGCUUCAACAGGCUCUCAGGUCGGAUCCCUGAAGGACUAAACAAGAUGUGCACUUCUCUUAAGAUUCUUGAUGCUUCGUCGAAUCAGAUCUUCGGGAUAAUCCCAUCGAGUCUCGGGGAUCUAAGUUCACUCGUUGCUCUUAAUCUGAGCUGGAAUCAGUUGCAAGGUCAGAUACCGGGAAGCCUCGGGAAGAAGAUGACAGCUUUAACAUACCUUUCGAUUGCGAAUAAUAACCUCACAGGGCAAAUUUCUCAGAGUUUUAGUCAGUUGCAUUCCUUGGAUGUUCUUGAUCUCUCUUCCAAUCAUCUAUCUGGCGGCAUUCCUCAUGAUUUCGUCAACUUGAAGAAUCUCACUGUGCUGCUUCUCAACAAUAACAACCUCUCUGGCCCAAUCCCGUCAGGUUUUGCGACAUUUGCUGUUUUCAAUGUUUCCUUCAACAAUCUGUCAGGUCCAGUUCCUUCAACCAACGGAUUGACCAAAUGCAGCACUGUUCAGGGAAACCCCUAUCUUCGACCUUGCCAUGUGUUUUCUCUGACAACACCAUCUUCUGAUUCCCGAGACUCUGCUGGAGAUUCUAUCACGCAGGAUUACGCAUCUUCCCCUGCUGAAAACUCUCCACCUGAGUCGCAAGGAAAGGGUGGAUUUAACUGGCUAGAGAUUGCUUCAAUCGCAUCCGCUUCAGCUAUUUUCUCGGUUCUGAUCGCUCUUGUGAUUCUCUUCUUCUACACAAGGAAAUGGCAUCCGAAAUCGAAGAUCAUGGCCACUACGAAGCGAGAAGUCACUAUGUUCAUGGACAUUGGAGUUCCAAUAACCUUUGACAAUGUUGUUAGAGCCACAGGAAACUUCAACGCAAGCAAUCUGAUUGGAAACGGUGGAUUUGGAGCGACCUACAAAGCAGAAAUAUCUCAAGAUGUGGUCGUCGCAAUCAAACGCCUCUCCAUUGGACGGUUUCAAGGUGUGCAACAGUUCCACGCAGAGAUCAAAACUCUUGGUAGACUUAGACAUCCGAAUCUUGUGACUCUCAUUGGUUAUCACGCUAGCGAAACCGAGAUGUUCUUGGUCUACAACUAUCUCCCAGGAGGCAACCUCGAGAAAUUCAUCCAAGAAAGAUCCACAAGAGAUUGGAGAGUUCUUCACAAGAUCGCCCUGGACAUUGCUCGAGCACUCGCUUACCUCCACGACCAAUGUGUCCCACGUGUGCUUCACCGAGAUGUUAAGCCGAGCAACAUCCUACUGGAUGAUGAUUGCAACGCUUAUUUAUCAGAUUUCGGGUUAGCGAGAUUGCUUGGGACCUCGGAAACACACGCAACAACAGGUGUGGCGGGUACGUUUGGGUAUGUAGCACCCGAGUACGCUAUGACUUGCCGGGUGUCGGAUAAAGCAGAUGUUUACAGCUAUGGAGUGGUGCUUUUUGAGCUGCUUUCGGACAAGAAAGCACUGGAUCCGUCGUUUGUGUCGUACGGUAACGGUUUCAACAUAGUGCAAUGGGCUUGUAUGCUGUUGAGACAAGGAAGGGCAAAGGAGUUUUUCACAGCGGGUUUGUGGGACGCGGGUCCUCAUGAUGAUCUAGUAGAGGUUCUGCAUUUAGCGGUUGUGUGUACGGUGGAUUCACUAUCGACGAGACCAACGAUGAAGCAAGUUGUAAGACGGCUGAAGCAGUUGCAGCCUCCGUCAUGUUAGCACUGAUUAUUAUUAUUUUCUUAAAAGGUUUCUUUCCUCAGUUUUUGUGUAAACCUGUUUGUGUAGUAGUUAGAAGAAGAAGAAGAAGAGAGGUUUAGUUUCCUAUGGGGUUCUGGAUGGUCUAUAUGAAGGGGAAGGCAUAGGAAGGUUGAUCUCUCUUUCUAUCUCUCUGUGAUAGGUCUCUCUAAAGGAAAGCAGAACAUACAUUAAAAAAAUAUGAGAAAGAAGAAUUGUAGCUAAUUUUUUUUGUUUCUGUCCCACUUGUAAAUUGUUUUUAAUAAAAAGUUUUGUGGGGUUUAUUAUUAUUGUUUUAAAAAAAGUUCAUUGCAGAUUAUGUAACGCUUAAGAC